AUGCGCAUUGUAGACCGAGGCCCAUCGAUACCUCUUCUCUUUCCACCAAAACACAAUAUGGAUAUAGAAACAUCAGAAGAUCGAACCACCGGAAUAGGAGACACCGAACCACCGAAAGAGAUUGAAGUUCGUUUUGGAAAAGGUGUCACGGGAACUUUGGCAUUUCCUCAUGCUGAGACAGAUCCGAAUUAUCUUCAGAAAGGAUAUGCGCCCGCCACCACCAAAAUAGCUCUUCUUCUUCAUGGGCAAGGCGGUCACAGAGACUACUGCUACCAAAAGAUGCUUGCGCAUAAAUUGGCUGCAGAAUUGGGGAUGUACUCGUUGAGAAUUGAUUUUAGAGGAUGUGGAUGGCUGGAUGAGAACGCCGAUCCUAAUGUUGGGCGGAUUCUCGAGCAAGACGUGGAAGACAUUCAGGCGGCAGUGGAUUAUGUGACAGAUGGCACACGGAACGAGGCGAAGACCAAUUUUUUGCUUCUGGCCAUGAUUGCCCAUUCCAGAGGAGCCGUAGCGAUGUUUCUUUGGGCUUGCGAGCAACAGAAGCUUUUGGAGUCGAAUGCUACGGCCGCCAGAGCUGUGGUGGUUCCAAACUUGAUCAAUUGCUCUCUGAGAUUCCGUUCUCACACCAUCCGGUCCCGCUACCAUUUUUUGGACGACCAGGAUGUGGAGUAUGUGGUACAAAAGGCGCUUCGAUUCGGCAAGUAUGCCGACACUCGCGUUCCUAGGCUAGAAAUCCGGUCCUUGGCCAAUGUAGACUUGAGCCACAUUGGCCAGUUGUCGACCGAAUGGUCUGUUUUGAGUGUUUACGGAACAGAGGACCAUAUCAUUUCCAAAGAAGAUUGUGCGUAUUUUGCCAACACCUUGAACCGUGGGCCAUACUCGCACCAUCUUGAGCUCAUUGAUGGGGCGGACCAUAACUUCUAUGGAAACAAGGCUAUUGAAAACGAAGACGACAAGGAGGACUACAAUCCGCUAAAUCUUCCGCUCACGAAAAAGAACACCGUCAACUAUAACUACUUGGUUAGUGCCAUCGUGGCCAAAUAUCUCAGGUAUGACCAGGAAAUCAUGAGAUUCAACGCUCGCUCCAAGACCAUUGGCUGCGUCCCCAGGUCAAAAACCGUCGACGGGGUCUCGAACUUCAGAGAUGUAGGAGGUUGGCGAAUUGACCAGCCUACCUUCAAGGUGACCAAUAGUGAUAAGGCCAAAUAUUAUGUUCGGCCAAGCUUCAUUUUCCGAUGCGCUAACACGGCCCGUCUCUCGAAGAAAGGUGCCCAAAGCAUCAAGGACUUGAACAUCGGCACAGUUUUCGAUCUUCGGUCUGUGGAAGAAUGUGCAGCAGAUGGUUCUCCGCAAGGCUUUUUGGAGGAAGUGGGCGUUAAGCGUGUACAUGCUCCGGUGUUCAGACAUGAAGACUACUCACCAGACCAAAUAGCACUUCGUUUUGCCAACUUGACGAUCUCCUGGCACACAUAUGUGCAUGUUUAUGACCAUAUGCUUUCAGCAGGACACGAGCUGUUCAAACAGAUGUUCGAGUACAUCAGAGAUCACCCUGACAAGCCAUUUUUGUUCCAUUGCACUGCAGGAAAAGACAGAACAGGUGUGUUUGCCAUGUUGCUAUUACGGUUGGUGGGGGUAGACAGGCACACCAUUAUCAAAGAGUAUGAGUUGACUACACUAGGAUUGAAGCCAGACCACGAGGAUUUACGUAAGAAAUUUGUUGACGGGCUUGCAAAGGCUAAAGGAAAAGAGAUCGAGACUUUGACGGAAACCAUUGUUCAGGGAAGAGUGAAUUGGACAAUCGAAAAAGACGGAUUUGAAAACUUGGUCAGUUCAAGAAGCGAAGCCAUGUUGGCCACCUUGGAACUUUUAGACAAGAAGUUUGGAGGGAUUCUUAACUACAUGCGGGAAUACUUGAAAUUCUCCGACGCAGACAUAGAGACGAUUUUCAAAAAUUUGGUCUAUGUUGUGGACCACGAUGUGGCUGUGGAUGCCAGCUCCAAUAAUUUCCGUAGCCGCAUCUCUAAAUUCUGA